AUGGCCGGACCCCCAGCCCCGCUGCUGCCCUGCGGCCUCCAGCCCCCAGCACCCGCUGCCCCUCUGCGGGGCUCCGGUGAUGCCACCCCCGCCGCUGCCCCCGGCAGCUCCCGGUGCCCCCCGCGGGGCCGGCGGCCGGGCCCCGGUUCCGAGCCCUGGGGCUGCGGGCAGCGGGGCCCGCGGCAGAGCGCCAGCGAACGGGAGAAGCUGCGGAUGCGGCGGCUGGCGCAGGCCCUGGGCCGGCUGCGGCACUACCUGCCCCCGGCGCUGGCGCCCGCCGGCCACAGCCUCACCAAGAUCCAGACCCUGCGCCUCGCCGCCCGCUACAUCGCGCACCUCUCGGCGCUGCUGGGGCUCGGCGAGGAGGCGCUGGGCCGGCGGCGGGGGGCGGCCCCCCGGCACUGCCCGCUCUGCCCCCGGGGCCUGGGCUGCUGCCGGAGCCCGGAGCCCCGCCCGCUGCCGCCCGCACCGGCCCCGAGCCACGCUGCGGCCGCCGGCGCUGCGGGAUGGGGGUCACCUCCCGUGGCUGGGCCCCCCCCGGAGCUGCUCGGGGCUGGCGGCGGGGGGCCGGGGGCCUGGGGGUCAUCAGCUCCCUGUGGCGCUGCAGCAGGCCCCCCCCCGGAGCUGCUUGGGGUUCCAGACGUGGGGCCGGGAGCCUGGGGGUCGGACCCCUACGUCCCUUCGAUGAGGACCCCCCCGGAGCUUCAGGGGAGCCCUGGCUCCACAUCAAGCAUGGCCAGGGUGUCUACCUGGGUAUGA